AUGCUUUUCGGUUUCGAUAUCAGUUCCAUGAGUGCGUGGAUUGGCGCCGACUCCUAUAAAGAAUAUUUCGGGCAUCCGAGUUCGACCCUUCAGGGGGGCAUAACGGCCUCCAUGUCCGGCGGCUCCCUUGUCGGUGCUCUAGUCGCUGGUUUCCUGGCUGAUUCAUACGGCCGUCGCGGCGCUCUCAAGCUCGCCUCUGUCAUUUGGAUCAUCGGUGCUGUUCUCCAAUGCUCCUCUCAGAAUGUCGCCCACCUCAUUGUCGGUCGCGUUGUCUCUGGUCUGGCCAUUGGUAUCACAAGUUCCCAGUGCUGCGUCUACCUUGCUGAAUUGGCUCCCUCCCGCAUCCGUGGGCGCAUCGUCGGGAUUCAGCAAUGGUCGAUCGAAUGGGGCAUUCUCAUCAUGUACCUUAUCUCUUACGGCUGUAUUGUCAGUAUCCCUAACGAUCCUAAGGCAUUCCGCAUUGCCUGGGGUAUUCAGGGCAUUCCUGGUCUCAUCCUCGGAAUCGCGCUUCUCUUCUUCCCUGAGUCUCCACGUUGGCUAGGCCAGAAGGAUCGGUGGGAGGAGUGCCACGAGGUCCUCGCCCAUCUUCACGCUGAUGGUGACCGCGAAGCCCCUAUUGUUCUUGCCGAGCUCGAUGAAGUUAGGGAAGCUGCCCGCAUUGCCGCCGAGUCCAAGAAUGUUACUUUCUUUGGGCUUUUUGGACCGCGUGUCUGGAAGCGCACACUCGCCGGAUGCAGUGUUCAAGUUUUCCAGCAAAUGCUUGGUGGCAAUAUUGCCUUGUACUAUUUAAUUUUUCUGUUUAACAUGGCAGGAAUGUCUGGCAACGUAGCUUUGACUUCUUCUAUCAUACAAUAUGUUAUUUUCCUUGUUACCACCGGCGCCAUCCUCCCCAUCAUUGACCGUCUUGGCCGUCGUCCUCUCCUUAUCGGUGGUGCCAUCAUUUGCUGCAUCAUCCACUUCACUACUGGCGCUGUCAUGAAGGUCUAUGGUAACCCUGUUGACAGCGUCAAUGGCGACGAUAACUUGAGAUGGGAGGUCACUGGAGCCCCGGCAAAGGGCGUCAUUUCCCUAUCUUACAUCUUUGUCGGUGUUUACGGUCUUACCUGGGCUCCUAUUGGCUGGAUCUAUGCUUCCGAAGUCUUCCCUCUCAAGUACCGUGCGACUGGCGUCGGUCUGGCCGCGGCCUCCAACUGGGCGUUCAACCUUGCUCUCGCCUUCUUUGUUCCUCCUGCCUUCACCAACAUCCAGUGGAAGACGUACAUGAUCUUUGGAGCCUUUUGCGCUGCCAUGACUAUACACAUCUUCUUCACAUACCCAGAGACUUCUGGCAAAAGCCUUGAGGAAAUCGACGACCUUUUCGACUCCAACAUUCCCGCCUGGCGUACCCGAAGAGCUGGAGGACGCUUUGGAGAUCGGAUCGCCGUUGCUGAAGGUAAGAAGGAGGGCUUCAAUACUUCGCAUGCUGAAAAGGUUGAGGUGUAG